UCCGGGUGCACCGAUGAACAUUGUGCGACAGUCGCCGUGGCGUAUAAAAUAGGAUAAUGCACGACAACUGGCCGUAACCAUCCUUGAACCAGUGUCUUGGAACUCCAGUCCAGCCGGCUUCCGUCUGCGAUGGGGACCCAAUGAACAAAGCAACGAAUCGGAUACAGAUUUCGAUUUGCCUCUCCAUGCAAUGGGGCGCAAGAAGGAUUUGAACGUCACGCUGUCUUUGAAGCCUGGACAUGAAUACACGCUAUUUGCGAGCGCACGUGGGGUCGGGGACUUCGGGGAAGUCCUCAUAGGCCCCGAAACGUCGGUGACAAUGGAAACUACUCCACUGGCUCCCACUAACUUGUCGGCGAAGAGCAUUGACCCAACCAGCGUUAUCAUUUCAUGGCAAGCUGCGAGUCCUGCACGAAGGUUUGUGAUUUAUCGAUCCUUUGACGCACCACUGCGUACAUGCGCAGUCGAACUUUGCCGCUAUGACGACAAUUUGAACACGGGUGACCGAUACUCUUUUGGCGGCACACGCCUCCAGACGUCGACUAUUGUGCUUGACGGAAGUUCGCAGGAAUCGUCAUCCUACAGUCUGCCCCUGUUCAACUUAUUGUCGUCUGUGAACUACACAGUCAAAGUCACAGCAUGUGGUGCCGAAUUAUGCAGCAGCGAGACAAGCACAACUUUUACCACUCCUCCUUCAGCUAUUCCCACGCCUAUAAUUACAACAAUCCUAUCGAACGACACCCGUUCCCUCUACUUGGAAUGGAACAUCACGCUCCUGCGGCACGCGCCAGAGCUGAACCCGGAGUUCGAAGUGACAGUGAAGACGAAUGGUUUCUACAGACUCGUCCAUACUGUUGAGAAGGCGAUUACGAUAGGGAAUCUCAGCUCAGGCGCAGAGUACGAAGUUCAGGUGCUGCUUUCUUUGGAGAGGACCCCAGGAAAACGAGAGUACGGCCGCCCUGCAAGUGCCACCGUAAGCACUUGGCCUCUCGUUCCUCUGGCUCCAACGUUGUCCACAAGAGGGUUCCAGUCCACGCCAGACAUAGCCGCUGUGUCAUGGAUAUUUCUCAACAGCACCGUUACGCAUGUAGAGGUUUCAACGAACUACAGCAACUGGGUGAAUUGCGAGAACUCGACCGAAUGCGACGAGGUCGUGUUGCACGGCUGGAACUCCUCCUUCAAAGCGGGAUACGUCAGGCUCUCAGAUCUUAGACCACACACGACCUACUCACUAUCAGUGAGAGGCUGCAACAACCUAGGAUGUGGUGAUGCAAACACAGUGGACAUCGCAACCGACAUGUCAGAGCCGAGUAAGCCUAGUGGACUGACAGUGAAUGCAACAGAAGAUGGUUCUUCAGCUCACCUUGAGUGGAAGGCGCCGGACGAGCCAAGGGGUCCGCUGACGGGCUACGUGGUCUCCUGGCAGUGUGACCAGGACCAUCUAAUGGCUGCGACCACUGAUCAAUCCUUUCUUGCCAUCCCUGGUCUCCCUGCCCGGGCGCAGGAGUGCAGCUUCUCAGUGUCUGCUUUCAACAUGGCGACUGAUGAGCGGCAAUUGCGCGGGAAAUCUGCCACUCUGACGAUACCUUGGCCACCCCAGAAGUGAUCUGAUCACCAUGGCUACUAUGGUGCCUUACAUGAGCCACGCUCUGAACGUAGGCUAAAAUGUAGUCAUGACAAUCAUGAUUAAAAUAGGCGAAUCACAAAAAGAAAGAAGAAAAACAUUGUGGUUGCUUUGUUUUAAUUUAUGGGUUUAUGUUGAUGU